GCAUCUUCACCUUGGGGAAUUAGUUCAGUUCACCUGUCUUGCUGGUUUCGGUCUUGGUCCUCUUCUCAUCACUCCUCUCUGCCGUCGCUCUUCAAUUCCCUCAACCUCCAAACAUGGCCGCCGCUACCAGCGCUGCUUCGGCUCAGCAGCCCACCGUCUUCCCCCACAGCCACGUCGGUUUCGACAGUAUCACCUCCCAGAUUGAGCGGAAGCUGUUGAAGCGUGGUUUCCAGUUCAAUGUUAUGUGUGUUGGACAAACUGGCCUGGGUAAAUCGACUCUGGUCAACACCAUCUUCGCAUCCCACCUGAUCGACUCCAAGGGUCGUCUUACCCCCAACGAGCCCGUGCGCUCCACCACCGAGAUUCAGACCGUUUCGCAUAUCAUUGAGGAGAACGGUGUCCGCCUACGCCUGAACAUUGUCGACACACCUGGCUACGGUGACCAGGUCAACAACGACCGCUGCUGGGACCCGAUCGUCAAGUAUAUCAAGGAUCAGCACUCCGCAUACCUUCGCAAGGAGCUCACUGCUCAGCGUGAGCGCUACAUUCAAGAUACCCGUAUCCACUGCUGCUUGUUCUUCAUUCAGCCCUCCGGCCAUGCUCUCAAGCCUAUCGAUAUCGUUGUCCUGAAGAAGCUGUCCGACGUCGUUAAUGUCGUUCCCGUCAUCGCCAAGGCCGACUCUCUCACUCUCGAAGAGCGCCAGGCUUUCAAGGAGCGUAUCAAGGAGGAGUUCGCUUUCCACAACCUGAAGAUGUACCCCUACGAUAACGACGAGCUGGACGACGAGGAGCGUGCCAUCAACGCUCAGAUUAAGGACAUCAUUCCCUUCUCCGUCGUCGGCAGUGAGAAGACCAUCGUUGUCAACGGCAAGCAGGUUCGCGGCCGCCAGAACCGCUGGGGUGUCAUCAACGUCGAGGACGAGAACCACUGCGAGUUCGUUUACCUGCGCAACUUCCUGACCCGCACCCACCUGCAGGAUCUGGUCGAGACCACAAGCCAGAUCCACUACGAGACCUUCCGUGCCAAGCAGCUGUUGGCCCUGAAGGAGAGCAGCGCUGCCGGUGGCCACUCUGGUGGCAGCCGGCCCAUCAGCCCCUCUGCGGACCGCGAGCUCAGCCGCAACUCCCAACGGGCGGCCAUGAACGGCUACUAAUCUCCUUCUUCCUCCCUCUCUUUGGAUGGUGUUGCGGUCGUCUAUGUUUUGGUGGAGUGAGUGCUUCCUGAUACACAUUCGACGGUAGCAAACGGACCUCCUCUCUCCCUCCACGGGCAAGGCUCUCAUUUUCCCCUUCUCCGAAAAUUUACUGUCCUUUCGGCGCCAGCAGGCCCUUGCAGAUAUCCCCUUUCUUUUUCCUUGUGCGUCUCUCCGUUUUUCGUCCUCAACAUUUUUUUGUAUCACCUCGAAGAACUCGAAAUACUCGAAAUGCUUCGAUUUCCAUCGGGCACCUUUUUCGUCUCUUUAUUCUCUAGGAUUUUGUAUUGCCGGGAAAAAGAGUCUGGCA